AUGGCAGCAGUCAAGGGUCGACCACCACGCGAAUUUGUUGUGGACCCCUCUGCCAAUAUCGCAGCCGAUUUCGACCUAUGGCUAGAGGACUUCGAAGACUAUCUCGAUAUCGCUAAGGUCGCAGACGCAGGGGAAAAGAAGAAACUGCUUCUAAACCUGGCAGGCCUAUCUCUUCGCCGCAUUGUGAAGGGUCUCCAGGUCGCAGAACCCUCUGGUGACCAGGACGCGUACCAAGUCUUGAAGGCCGCAAUCCAAUCGUACUUUCGCCCGUCGGUAAAUGCAACUGCGGAGCGUCACAGAUUCAGGAAACUCAGGCAGCAGUCUGAUGAGUCCGUCACCUCUUUCAUGGGACGGCUCCGAGAAAAGGCGGCACUUUGCGAGUUUGACUCGACUGCAGUGGACUCGGUUGUGAAUGGCCAGCUUCGGGACCAUUUCAUAGCCGGACUGCAGUGCCAGGAGGCACGCAAGCAGCUUCUAAUGGAGUCAAGACUAACGCUAGCUGAUGCUAUCGCGAAAGCUGUCGCAUUAGAAGCCUCAAAGGUUGACAAUAGGCUGUUCAGUGAGGAAGCAGGAAGGACACUGGACAUGCCUUCGGGAAGUGUGGCAGCCGUAGCACCGGAUACGGCUGCGGUGAAUAUGGUGAAACACCGUCAGCACGGCAGAUGCAAGGCUCACACGUGCAAGUACUGUGGCGGAACCCAUCCACCAGGCAAGGACAAUUGCCCGGCUGCGCGAGUUCGCUGCAGACACUGCUCAAAGGUCGGGCACUUUGAAGUCGUCUGCCUGUCCAAGAGCAAGGAAGUUAGAGCCCAGACUAUUGGCGAGGAGGAUGAAGCCAAUGAAAUUUGCGAGUCUGUGUAUACCAUGCACACUGAUCAGAAACACUGGUUCACAGCAGCUCUGCAGGUGGAUGGAAAAUCAUGUGAAGGCCUGCUCGAUACUGGUACAACGAGAACAAUUUUGACAUCGGACAUAGUGCAGCCUACUCGUCGCAGUGACCGAACUCUCCGUGCCUACAACGGGGGAGUUGUCAGCACACUGGGGAUGGCAGACGUUACCCUAUCAUCUGCCAGUCGUAGCUGCACUGUGGCCUGUUUCAUUGUACCAAAGGGCUCCCACCGAGUGCUAUUUGGCCAGGAUGUGAUCAAGGAACUCGAGCUACUAGUGCCAACCCACCUGGUGGAGUCUGGAAAUGUGGUCAGCGUUGCACCAGUCAGCAUUACCGUCAAGCCAGAUGCAGUGCCUGUCGCUCUGCCAGCUCGGCGUCCCCCUUUCAGCAUCAAGGACGAGAUAGAGACAGAACUUCAGCGGUUAGUCGAUGCUGACAUCAUCGAGCCCGUGAAAGAGGCUGCGGCAUGGGUUUCCCCAAUCGUGCCAGUUCGCAAACCCAGUGGCAAACUGCGUUUGUGUAUCGACUACAGGCAGCUGAAUAAGAAUGUUGUCCGAGAGCGACAUGUCCUGCCAACCCUGGAUGAGAUAACAGCGCAGCUUGACGGAGCGCAGGUGUUCUCAGUCCUCGAUGCAGAGUCGGGAUUUCACCAAAUUGAGCUUGACCAGGAGUCGCGUCCACUGACGACUUUCGCGGCCCAUUGUGGGCUUUAUCGCUUCAAGCGUCUGCCAUUUGGUAUUGCCAGCGCACCAGAAAUGUUCCAGCGCGUGGUCUCGGAUAUUUUGGCAGGGCUCCCAGGAGUGAUUGUCUACAUUGACGACAUUCUUGUGAUUGGAAGCAGCCAGGAAGAGCAUGACAGGCGUCUCGCAGCAGUCCGGCAGCGCCUGGAAGCAGCAAAUCUCCGGCUCAAUGCAGACAAAUGCCAGUUGAGCAAGUCCAGCGUCAAGUACAUUGGCCACUGGCUGUCGGGCACCGGUGUGGCUCCCGACGGUGACAAGCUGCAGGCCAUUGCAGACAUGGCUAUGCCUAAGUCGCUUCAGGAUGUGCAACGUUUCCUCGGAAUGGUAACCUACCUCGGAAGAUUCAUUCCAGAUAUGUCGUCCAUCUCCGAGCCGGUGAGACGGUUGGCAAAGCGUGUGCCCUUCAUUGUGGAUAGCGAAUUCUGCAACGCGUUCAGCGACGCUAAGACGCAGCUGGUGCAGGCACUGGACCACCUGGCCUACUUUCGUUUGGACCCAAACGUUCCAACGGCCAUAAGCUGUGACGCAUCGCCUUGUGGCCUGGGAGCAAUUCUAUGGCAGCAGAAUUCUAGUGGUCAAUGGCUACCAGUGACAUGUGCCAGCCGCACUCUCACAGAGGUAGAAACUCGAUAUUCGCAGAUGGAGAGAGAGAUGCUGGGUCGUGUUUGCGCUGCAACGCUUCCGGCAGUACGUGCUCGGGCGACACGUCGAGGUGCAUACUGA